GCGUUCUACGGGAAGUGAGAGUGAAAAUCCAGUAGGAUUCACGGAUAUCAUUAGGGAUUUUCCUUCAAUUAUUAUUUUUAUUUCGAAGCUGCUUUGACUCAAGAAAAACAAGUGGACAUAACUAUUUUAACUAGCUAACAAAACACAACCCUGGCCAUGUCUGAGACAUACGACUUCCUGUUCAAAUUCCUAGUGAUUGGGAAUGCCGGAACUGGAAAAUCAUGUCUUCUUCACCAGUUUAUUGAGAAGAGAUUCAAAGACGAUUCGAAUCACACUAUCGGAGUGGAGUUUGGCUCAAAGAUAAUCAACGUGGGGAACAAAUAUGUCAAACUCCAAAUCUGGGACACUGCAGGACAAGAGAGAUUCAGAUCUGUGACGCGGAGUUACUACAGAGGCGCUGCAGGAGCGCUGCUUGUGUAUGACAUCACCAGCCGGGAAACCUACAACGCCUUGACCAACUGGCUGACAGACGCCAGGAUGCUGGCCAGCCAAAACAUUGUCAUCAUCCUGUGUGGUAACAAGAAGGACUUGGACGCAGACCGGGAGGUCACCUUCCUGGAGGCGUCUCGCUUUGCUCAGGAAAAUGAGCUGAUGUUUCUGGAGACCAGUGCUCUGACAGGGGAGAACGUGGAGGAGGCCUUUGUGCAGUGUGCUAGGAAAAUUCUCAACAAGAUAGAGUCGGGAGAGUUGGACCCGGAGCGGAUGGGAUCAGGGAUCCAGUACGGAGACGCGGCGCUGCGACAGCUGCGCUCCCCUCGCAGAGGACAGGCCGAGAGCGCCCAGGAAUGUGGCUGUUAGUGAACAAGCUCAGUGUGCCCAGAUCAAAGGCAGGUUGGUGAAGACUCAGAUGACAGAUGUAGGGAACAUGAUACAUCGUGGCCGAGCGACUCUUCCCUGACCUUUUUCUAACUUCCCAACUUCCGGAUGUUCCAUCAGUGAUCCAUAGAGAGCCCUGGAUUUCUGGCCCCAAUCUGGAAUGCUGAGCUUGUUCCUGGACCCCUCAGACACAGGCAGAGAUGCCCCUGUUCCAAUCUCCUCUAAGAGUGGACCAAGCCCUUCAAUCAUCUAGGCCGUAUUCAUAAUGCGUCUCUAAGUCAGAGUGCUGAUAUUAUUUAUUUUUCCUCUUAGAUCAUAAUGAAUAAGACAACAUGGACAAGGGGACCUGAUCCUCGAUCAGCACACUUAAUCAGAGACGCUAAAUGAUUACGGGCCCUGGAAUUUUACUUACACCCCUGUACUGCUGCCCUAUCCCUACCCACAGCAUCUUGCAUUAUGUACAGUACUAUCUGUAUAAAGAAUAUAUCAUUUAAGUACCUCAAAGCAUGUUUUAUGGACUGAAUAUCACAGUAUUUCAUUAUUUGCUGAAGAAUAAUCAAUCAAUUUUGACAUCACAUUUUCCUUUGUCAU